UUCCUGGAUUUGAAGCCCAGCGGUCAGAGAACCGAAUCAGAACCGGAAGUGCUCUGUCAUGCCGCGCGCUUCGGUCUGACCACCGCACAUCCAGGCGCUCCGGGAUCAUGUCCGCGCGCGCGCUUAGUGGGAGGCCGCGAGGCGGCGGAGUCACGCCGUGGUUUUCGGUCUCUCUGUCGGCUCUGGGUUCAGCUGCAGCGGUGGCGGCAGCGGGCUCCUUCUGCGGCCUCAUCUACCCCAUCCUGAGAGAUCUGCGGGCAGAGAGGCUGAGAGGAGAGAACGGGACUGAGGAGAGGAUUCUGGGUUUCUGGAGCAUCCUGGUGAUCUCCACCCUUGUGGGAUGCGUCUCCUGUAUCUCCUCGUGGAUCCUGACCUACCUGGACUCCUUCCAGCCUGGCGGGGCGCUGCCCGGCCUGCUGUCGCUGCCGGAUGUCAGAGAUGCUUCCAGCCGCGGGUUCAACCUCAGCUUUGGUCUGGCUCUUCUAAACGGCAUCAUGGCCGCCCUCACCGUCAUCUGGAGUCUUUCCUGAAGCUCUUCUCCUCAGCUAAACCCAAACCUGAAGACCACACACCUCUGGAAAGAUGACGCUUCAGUUUACCCAUGAUGCACCUUGGUUUGAACUGAUGGGAAGGGAAUCUGGUGCUGAAGCUUUAGCAGUAUGAAAGAACCUGGACUUUGUUACAUCCUCAUAUCCUUGUAUCGUAUUUUGAUGAACUUUUAUUAAAGAUUACAUAAAACCUUACUAUGGAAGUGCAUUUGGGC